AUGGCGUGGGUCAUGAGCGAAUACGAGCCUUUGACGCCCGUGUCUCUGGACGGCAAAGAUGGCGAUCAUAAACUGGAGAGUCCUCUCACACGCCUACCUGGAGACUGCACCGAUAUCCGCAAGAUCCGUGAGCAUCUAGAAAGCUUCUUCGCCAUGAAUACCGAGCUCCUCAACACGAGGCAAUAUGACAAAGCCGUUAACAUAGAUGGCUACGACCAAGACUUCAUGGCUAGUAUGCACAACCAAAAGGCAGAAGAUUUGCCGGGCUGGGUCGACCACCAUCGCCGAGGGGCACUGGAGUUCCCUCAGUCAAAAGUGCGAAUACUGGGCAUGACUUCGAAAGUCGAUCCCAAGAGAGGACUGGCUUCGCUCUUCACGGACAUGGAAAUCACCGGCAGACCCCCAGGAGUCACCAUACACUCGAUGACUAUUUCCGAAUUCAAAGUCUGCGAUGGCAAGUGGCUCUGCAUGAAAGCGACUGGAAUGAGAGGAAAUUCAAUGCUUGUGUGA